AAAUUUCCCGAACUGCUGCUACAUUGCUGCUGCACCAAGCGUUCUGGAAAGGUAGAGUGAAGCACAGUUGGAAAAAUUCGUGCAAGCACCGCGGGUGCAAACUGCAACAGCGCCAGGCUGUUAGAGAAAAGUACGUGUGCGUGAUGCAGAGUAACAAGUGUGCGAUCUAAAAAAGAGUAGCUUCGGACGGUGCCGUUUGCCCCGAGAGAAUCCGGGUUAAAGAUCAGAUCCGGGGGCCGAAAGUCGUGAUAACCGCCUAGUGUGAGUGAUGAUUACGGGCAUUUCUUGGGAAGUUACAACACAAACACCGUGCCUCGCGGCGUGUGUGUGUGCACCGUCGUCGGGAUGCAGUUGCAGGGUGAAAUCGGAAGCCCCGAACGAGAAGAGGAUGGAAAACGGGUCACCGUAUUUUAUGCCAAGUUUGUUUUUUCGAGCGUGUGUGACUGCUGCGUGACUCAGAAAUCGAUCUCCGACACACGCACAGUCGCACACAGACACACACACGCACACACACAGUCGCGCGCGAGCGAGUGAAGGGUGUGUGUGCGUUUUUUUUUCGUCUUGCUAUUGCGCGGCAGCACUUUCGGCAUCGUACGAUUGUUCUCGGAACUGCCGUUCUCCCCGCCCGCAAGCCUGAAUCCGGGGGCUUUGUGCCGGGGGAAAGGGGUCCUCUCCUGCUCUAAAACCAUCCGUCACUCGUUCCGUCUCGUCUAGGAAGUGUCCGUGCCAUCAGGGACCGGCAAUAACAAAUACAAACGCACCCCGCCACAACAGAACGGCUGACUGCGCGUGAUGGUCGUAUGACGCAAUCGUACGAUUUUUCCACCCCACCGCUUCAACCUCUCCCAACCUUGCGAGAUCCGAUUGCGUGUUGGAAAUGCAGUGGACGAAAACGGAUGCUGCGGGAAAAGCACAAAAUGAUAAUUCUUUUGGUUUAAACUGCAGCUACAUCAUCCAAGCAACCGUUUCAUGUCGACGUAAUUCAUCUUAUCAUUUUAGCGCAACACACAAACAUACACACAUUCUGUCCUCACUCUCGCUCUCGUGGCCACCGUAAUUGGUGAUUGUGAACCUAUUUCUAGCGAUAAUGGUUGCUCGCGCCGCUUUUGGGGAGUUACGGAUGUUGCUGCGGAGACAUGUGCACACCUUAAUCCAAUCAGGAUCGGGCUAUAAUCCCCCCCCCCCCCCCCCCCUUCCAUCCCCGGAUCCCGUUGCAUCAAGGACGUUAGAGUAGCGCCCCAUAGCUAGAAAAAUAAUGCUGCGAACGACGGCGAGCGGCGAUGGUACGCGGAAGGAAGUGGAGAAUUACACCGGAACUUACAUUCCAUUGCCGCCCUAUCCAACGCGGGUAGAUUGCACCCAUUCGGCGGUGGUGGGGUUAGUAGGAAGAACCUGCUUGUGCUGCGACCCGCUUGAAACUGGUUUUUUCCGUGUCAACUCGCUUCUCCUUCCCGUCUGCUCGCACAGUCUGGCGUAGGAGCGAACGAAAAGAAGUCCAACCGGCACGUGGUCGUUGCUAAAGGUUACAGCCUAGGAGUGUGGAUGAUUCACGCUGCGAGUUGGCGGCUCAUCACGAGGGUUUAAGGGGAGAGCCUGUUGUGCUAUGAAUAUCUUGAUCGAUUCCGAUAACCGGAAAGGAGGAUCACAUAAUUUCGAAUACAAGAUACAGCAAUCGAGGUGUCAGACUGGUUGGUUGCUAGCUUUUGUUUUGGGGGAAUUUAUUAUCCUAAUUCCAUAAAUAUGGUAUUUAUUGGGAAAACUGUAAUAUUUCGUAGAUGGUAGAAUGAAUCACUAAGCCCCAUUGCAUAUCAAAUUGGCUAAAAUAAUCCAUGCUAUUUUCUCUACAGACGAACUGAAUUAUAUGCUUAAUCGUUUUAAUAUUCCAAACUUUGCUCAUUUCAGUAUGCAAAAGCAAAUAGCUCAAGAAAGACAGAGUGUGCAUGCGUACCACACACAAUGAAAUGGAGAGUUUUCUAUGUUUACUUCAAGCGAUAAGGCCCCCAAGAUAGUCGCGCAUGCAUUUUGAAAACUGUGCGGUGUGUUGCGAUGAUGAUGAUGAUGAUCUGGUCAUUUUUUAGAGGUUUUACCAAGUGCUGACGUUUCUCUGUACCAUCACGAAGCUUGUGUUAAUCACGAGCUACCGGGAUUAGAGCAGCGAGGAGCGAGUGUACGGGUGCCGUACGACAGCCGAAAGAGCAGCCCCGCCUCUGUGUUCCAUCCCGUAACGUUUCAAUUACGUCGCCACCGGCCCGGGCGUCGACACAACUAGCGCAACACACACACACACACGCACAAGUAUUAAUUCCGCACCCGGCCCUUCGGAAACACGUGGACAGCGAGGAAGCAACGUGUGUCCGGCGUUACACUGGCAUCAUCCAGCACCGCGACACCGCAGCAGCAGACGCCGGCCAGAAUGUCGCGCAAACGACCACGUGAAAGCCUGGGCGAUAUGAUGGCGAGCAGCAGCAGCAGCGCCGGGCGUUUAACAAUCGACGAGACAGUCUCGAUCACGAUCGAUCCAAACGGAGCGCUGGAGGAUCGGUUGGCCACCCAGUACCAGCAACACUUGCAGGCUGAUUCCACGGUUGCUACUGCUGCAUCUGCUGCUGCAUCCGCUGAUGGUACACCCGAUAACAGUAUGAACGGGAGCAGCAGACGCUUCAGCAGCAUCCGGCUCGUGGAUGAAGGCAUCGAACCGAGCCAUAGCGAUCACUGCUGGCCCCCGAACAAUGACGGUGCACUGAACGGGCAUGUUAACUUUGGCCUGCCGGGAGCAACCGGGCGUCCCUCCCGUUCGUCCGAUGCGGUUUCGCCCCCAUCCGUCUCGUCGAAUGGGUCCUCGUCCGUGGCCACAUCGUCCGGAUUCGCCAGUCAGCAUGCAACGAGCGGAGUCGAGCACAGCCCACCGGUGACCAUCUGCAAACAGGCACCAUACUCUACAGAGCUGGAUGCGAUCCGGGAGCGCGAGCGAUGCGAUUACACACAAAAGAUCACAUACCAGAUGGCCCGUGCGGGUACCGCGCCGCGUAUGAUCCGUGUGUACGCGGACGGUAUCUACGAUCUGUUCCACCAGGGGCACGCGCGACAACUGAUGCAGGCCAAAAACGUGUUUCCCAACGUGUACCUGAUCGUUGGAGUUUGCAACGACAAACUGACCCACAGCCGGAAGGGUCGAACGGUGAUGAACGACGAGGAGCGUUACGAAGCGGUACGACACUGUCGCUACGUUGAUGAGAUUGUUCCAGAUGCCCCCUGGGAGCUGGACGACGAGUUUAUCGAGAAGCACAAGAUCGAUUUCGUGGCGCACGAUGAAAUACCGUACAGUACGGACGACUGCAACGACGUGUACGCGAAGAUCAAGGCCAAGGGCAUGUUCGUGGCGACGGAGCGCACCGAGGGCGUGUCCACGUCCGACAUAGUGGCGCGGAUAGUGAAGGACUACGAUAUCUACGUGCGCCGCAACCUGGCCCGCGGCUACACGGCCAAGGAGCUGAACGUGUCGUUCCUGUCGGAGAAAAAGUUCCGCUUCCAGAACAAGAUGGUCGAGCUGAAGGACAAGGUGCGCAAGGGCAAGGACGACUUCAUCACCAAGUGGGAGGAACGGUCGACCGAUCUGAUCAAAACGUUCCUGCUCAUGUUCGGCAAAGAGCGAAUCUCAAUGUUUCUGUCCGACUCGAAGCAGCGCAUCCGGUCGGCACUGAGCCCACCGGGCAGCCCGGGCAGCGGCAGCAACCACAGCCUGAACGACUGCGACGACGACGACGACGAUCUGGAGAGCCCGGACUCGGUGCUCGAUUCGCCGCCGAGCAAGCGAUCGAACGUGAUCCGCAGCCGCCACCAUCUGCUCUCGGAGGAGGACGACGAGGAGCAGGGUUUGGGCGGGCCGCGCUCCCCUCCCCCGGUGCUGGAAGACGACGAGGAUGACGACGACGAUGACGAAGCGUACCUGGACUCACGCUCGCGACCCUCAUCCAACUACAACAUUUCGCUUAUGGCCGGUGGGGGCGAUGGUGGAAGCAGCGGCGGUAGUGCAGCACUCAACAGUAGUAGUAGCGGUGGCAGUGGCAGUCGAACCUAUGGCAAUCGUAACUACUAAACGGCCCCCGCCCCCGCCCUUUUAGAGAGUAAAGUAAUGGGAAUCGGCCAAGUGAGCAAAUGAGUGUUCGCUCGCUCGGGCUCAGAUGUGUGCCGAAAAGACUAGUGUGUUGGCUCCCUUCGCGUAUACUACGAAUUAUUCCUUUCGCGAUGCUGUGUGCCGGUGUGUUGGCGAUGAGAUAUGCUACCCUGUCGAUCGAUCAGCACUCGCGGAUGCCGGUUUGUCGAUAAUAUAAUGGCGCGUCUUUGUUUUGUUUGUUUGUUUGUAAGCCACGAAAUCUGAAACACAGAUGAAACCAAAACCACCCUUCGCUCGAACAAAUUACCAAGCUUGCCGAAUGGAAUGCCUUAGUUUGAUGCUAAAUUACAACACCUAUCCGCGCGAUGGUUUUGUUGCCCAACAAUAAAUUAUAACCGAUCACCCGAUCAGCCGACAGUUGGAAAAUGUUCUUUCCCCCCACCGUUUGACGCUAAAUGAUGUCCAAUUUAAAAAAAAAUAACGUGCAUAAGGACGGGUCUUGCUAAAAAUGGCGAAAGUAAUUCCUGCUUACCAAGUGCACCGUGAUGGUAAACGAAAGUUAACGUAUUUUUCGGUGGGAUUUUGUGUGAGUGUGUGCGUCUGUGUGCGAGUGUGUGUAUGUGUGAGUGUGUUUGUUGGAAUAUGAACCUUUAACUCGUUGAUUAAUGAUCUUCAAACUCGGAUACGCACCGUGAUGCGUCAAUCCACAAGCGUGGUGGAAGCGAUCACGUGUAAGGAUGAUGGACCGGAGGAUGACAGUCCGGUGAAUCCCUUUUUUUUUGACUGAAGAAACACGAUUACACGACCUGAAAUCAUUCGCAUAUGGAGUUUUUUUGGGUUGGAAAUGGUAAAGCUUGCUAAAACCAGUGACGAGAAGAAAAGAAUAGAGGGUCGACAUUAAAUUAAAGCUAUGAUUAUGAUACAAAAAUAAAAUCUAAAAAUAAAAACACCGAUUCCAUCUAUCAUAAACAUACAAACAUAAUAUUAAAAUAACAAAAAUAAUAAUAAACACAAUUUUUGGGAAUGGUUUUAGCAGCGGGGCGGCGCAAUUUGUUUUACUCUGCUGCAUGCUAAAGAUAACAAGCAAAAACCGAAAAUAAAUGCAAAAUGUAAUGCAAUCCAAUGCAAACCGCCGUGUAGCGUGUAGGUCCGUUUCCGUUUACACUCACAAACACACACACAUAGUUCUCGUUUUUUCCCCCAAAACAAUCCAAAGCAAACACUCUAUAACUAUAUAAUAUCGUUAUGCAAAUUUUCCGCUGACUAGUGAAUAAGAGGAGCAUUGUUAUGAUGGGAGGAGGAAGCGUUAGAAUAAAGAUCACUACUCACACAUCGUGAACAUCGUUCAA